CUGAAUUUCAAUUUCAGACGCCAGAAACAUCGCGGCCCUGAUGAUCGUGGGUUUUACGAAAAUCCGAGAACAGGAGAUAUAUUGUGCCAUGAACGUUUGUCAAUCGUUGAUUUCAGCUGCAAACAUCCCAUGAAAGGUCUUCAAGAAGACCAUCAAGUAGUGCACAACGGCGAAAUAUACAACCACGAAGCCCUUCGCAGCACUAUACUCCAUGAAUAUUCAAUGAGGACGCAUUGCGAUUCG